GCACGUGCUAUGAGCACUAUUAACCAAACUAGAUGCCUGAUUUUCAGUUAGGGUUUUGCGAUAGAGAAGAAGGAAAACUAAAAAAUCAGAGAGAGUAAUGGCGAAUCCACAGGCAGUUAACUUUCUCACAGGCUUAGCUAAAGCUGCAUUCUCUCUCGGUCUCGGUGCUACAGCAGUGAACUCAUCUCUUUACACAGUUGAUGGUGGUCAAAGAGCUGUUCUGUUUGAUCGAUUCAGGGGAGUUCUUGAUGAAACAGUAGGAGAAGGAACUCAUUUCUUGAUUCCAUGGUUACAAACACCUUACAUAUUUGAUAUUCGUACUAAACCCCAUACUUUCUCAUCAGUUUCUGGUACUAAAGAUUUGCAGAUGGUUAACCUAACUCUUCGUUUGUUAUCUCGUCCUGAAGUACCAUCUUUACCCUCAAUUUUCAAAACCCUUGGUACUGAAUAUGAUGAGAAAGUUUUACCCUCGAUUGGUAAUGAAGUAUUGAAAGCUGUGGUUGCUCAAUUUAAUGCAGAUCAGUUGCUUACUGAAAGACCUCAUGUAUCUGCUUUGGUUAGAGAGAGUUUGAUCAAAAGAGCCAAGGAUUUCAAUAUUGUUCUUGAUGAUGUUGCUAUUACACAUUUAUCAUAUGGUGCUGAAUUUUCUAAAGCUGUUGAACAAAAACAAGUUGCUCAACAAGAAGCUGAGAGAUCUAAGUUUGUUGUUAUGAAAGCUGAGCAAGAAAGGAGAGCUGCUAUUAUUAGGGCUGAAGGAGAAAGUGAUUCCGCUAAGUUGAUUUCUGAUGCUACAGCUGCUGCUGGUAUGGGAUUGAUUGAACUUAGGAGGAUUGAAGCUUCAAGGGAGAUUGCAUCCACAUUGGCUAGGAGUCCAAAUGUUUCCUACCUUCCUGGUGGUAACAAUAUGCUUCUUGGGUUGAACCCAGGUCGUUGAUUCGAUUCGUGGAAGAAGAAGCAUAUGAGGAGAUUGAAGAGGAAGCGACGAAAGAUGAGACAGAGAUCUAAGUAGAGAGACAGACGUUGAUGGAUUUCUAUUUUCAUUUUCGGAGUCAGUUCUUAUAUCUUUUGUUCCCAUCUUAACUUUAGUUAGUGAGAGUUGAAUCUUGUUUUAUUAUAGUUUUCGAUAAUACGACCUGUAGGGAAAUCAAUUUAUGAAUCUCAAGUUUUCAGUGUUAUCCUCUGCUCAUCUCAUUUCGUUCUA